AGGACACCUUCGGCUUUGUUGGUUUAUUAAAUUGAAUUGUUAGGAAACUGCUGCUCGUGUGACUAUUAACUUCUCUCUCUUCAUACCAUUCUCAUCUCCUCUAACCCUCUCUCUUUCUCCCUUUCCUCACUGUGUUUGUCGUCUCUCUCUCUUUUUUCCCCUCUCUAUCUUUUCUCCAGGAAGGGGAAAAAAACGAGGAAGCAGCUAAGGGGGGAAAGAGAGCCUUCUCCUUCAUUUUUUUUGGCCCUCUUAUUGUAGAUCCAUCGGUUUCUUCUCCGCUCAUCUCCUGCUCUUCUAUCAUUUGAUUGGCCAAAGAAGUCCUUGUGUGAAUUACUGUGUGGAUUGGAAUUUUCUUUGGAACCUUUACAAUUUUAAAGCAGUUACCAGUUGGCCUUAAUGCAAGGGCAAAAAGGUGCUAUUGGUUCCUUGCCUGAAACAUUAAACUUUGACCAUGGAUCUACAUCAAGCGGUGCUGGUUUAGAUCAGCAACUUUGCUGGAAUAAUAUGCGGAAUCCUGCAGAAAACCGGUUAGCAGAUUAUAUGCAACCACCCAGUGAUACAAAUCUUGCAUUUCUGAAUUCUAUUAGUCAUGGAGGGCAAAACUUGAGUGGAUGGAGUUUAGGUGAACCCAGUUCGAUUAACACACAAAAUAUUGUCAGCUGUGAUGAAUGUAAAACAGAACAUGGUUGGGCAACUUCGGUGAGUGGUUGUGCUGGAGCUGGUCCAAGGUUAGAAGAACACCGAUGUGAACCAUCAAAUGUGCUUUCACUGGAUAAUGUUAAUGUAAAUCCUAGCAGCAAUCAGAUUGUCAAUGGACCUUUGUUUUUGCAAAGUUCCAGUUCUGAUGCUAUUGCUCAGAAUCUUAAUCUAAAUGCAGGAUUUGUGGGUUCUGGUGGUGAUGAUUGUCAAGGCUUGGAAUGCCCUAAUUUAUACAAGUCUAGUGGGUCAGAAAAUCUUCCAUCAGCUAGUAGCUCUUCUGAUCCUUUUGGGCCUCGCAUUUUGAGUGGUGGAUAUUUGGUGGAAGAGAAUGAUGGUAGGCCAGGUAGUUCUUUGGAAGGUCGUCGUUUGUCCUGUAAAAGGAAGGCCCUUGAAGGAAACAUUGGCCAAUCUUCUGUUGGUGGGAGUUCCAGCAGCUUUCAGCGAACAGAAAAUAAUGUAUGGCAUGCUGUUGUUCCCGCUCGUUAUAAUGCUGGUAACGGUUUAAGUAUCUCUAGCCCCUCAGGGAAUAUUAUUGGUGCUAGCCCUGCAGAACAGGUGAACCCAAGACUUGGGCUGGGUGUGAGGCGAGUAGCUACUGACAGCCUUCCUGUUUUAAAUGUGCCAGGAAGUGCAGAAAGCUCUCAUAGGAAUUUCCGUAUGAGGAUAAAUCCUUCACAUCAGCAAGAUUCUGUGCCCCAUAAUUUAUUUUCAACAGGUGGAUCUGUUAGGCACUCUAAUGUUUCAUCACACCAGCAGUCAACAAGACUUAUACCAGUUAAUCAUGCUCCAGACUUGAGGUCAACGCCAGCAGCAGACAAUGCAAGUUCUCAAAGCCAAUCUGUUGUCAACCAUGCUCCUAACUUGCCUAGAACCAUGCAAUCUUUUAGAUGGAGUGGAGCUUCUAGCUCAAGACAUGGCAAUUCAUCAAGUCCUCUCAUUUCUGGUGAGAGAGAUGCUGCACCUCGUGAGGAAUCCAGUUCAAGAAGCAUGCCAAGAAACACUCUGGAGCAUUCAAUGUUUUUACCUGCAAUUGAUCUCAGAUCUUUGCCUCAAAAUCCUACAAAUAGGAAUUUAGCUGGUGGAAAUAUGACCACCCCUGGAAAUUCUGCUUCUACUUCUCGGACUGGCUCAAGUUCAGGUGUCAAUUCAUCAUCUGCUCCUACCUGGGGUCCUCCUCGUGAUCCUCCUUCACAAUAUUCACGAAGAUUAUCAGAAUAUGUUCGCCGAUCAUUGUUUUCUUCUGUUGGUGCUGACUCUGGAGGCCAGAGCAGCAACUAUUCUCCAUUACGUUCAGGUCCUUCACCUUCCUCACAGGAGGUGGUGCCUUCAUCUGGAGCUGGCAACCAGGGGCAUCAUCAAUCAUAUCCAAGGUCAGCAUUAUUGAUGGAAAGACAUGGUGAUGGUGUUCUCGGAAUUCCCUAUUCAUUGCGUACCUUGGCUGCUGCCAGUGAAGGAAGAAGCAGGCUAGUAUCUGAGAUUCGCAAUGUCUUGGAUCUCAUGCGUAGGGGUGAGGACUUGCGAUUUGAGGAUGUCAUGAUCCUGGACCAGUCAGUAUUUUUUGGGGUGGCUGAUAUUCAUGAUCGUCAUAGGGAUAUGCGACUUGAUGUGGAUAAUAUGUCUUAUGAGGAGCUAUUGGCUCUGGAAGAGCGCAUCGGAGAUGUGUGCACUGGAUUGAGCGAAGAAACUAUAUUGAAGCGGCUGAAACAGCGAAAAUAUUGGUCAGUGGCCAGAGGAGCUGAGGUCGAAGUGGAACCCUGCUGUAUUUGUCAGGAGGAAUAUGGAGAUGGAGAAGAUAUUGGGACUCUGGAAUGUGGUCAUGAUUUCCAUUAUAGCUGUAUUAAACAGUGGCUGAUGCACAAGAACUUGUGCCCCAUUUGUAAAACAACUGCCCUGGGUAUAUGAGAGGGGCUAUUUUGAGGCUAUUACUUGAAAAAGGAUUGCACAAGGGUGGGGCCGAGAGUGGUGAAACCAACACCCGGCGGAUGCUGCUUUGUUUCCCCCUUGGGAGCUAGUUUCUCAUGGCAUCAAUCUCUUCUAUGUCAUGCAAAGACCCAGAUGUAUUUCUUUUCUUCUUUAUAUUUUAAUUAAAGCUGGCAAUCUCCUGGGGGAGGUUGCAAACCAUUAAGGGGGACAUUAAAGCAAAACUUGUUUUUAACUUUUCAUUUAUUCAUGAACAGCAUUGAUCAUCGGAAAGAAUACAUUUUUUUUUAUUAAGUAGUUUAUAAGAGUCUUUUGCCUACUGGUUACUUCUA